AUGACUGACAUGAGUGAAAAAAUACUGAACUACUUCAUCAGUGCCAGCAGCUGUGAUCGUAUUAAACUGGUUUGCAGUUUGAUUCAACUCUGCCUGCCGUACGAAUUGAGAUUUGUUGGCGCAUGUUUGGAAGAUAAAGGUCGAAAAGACGCAAGCAUUGAGUUGUUGGAUGAAGAAAAAAGAGCCAAUAACACCGAGGAUGUGGAUUUUAAAAAUGAUGUUUUAUUGUUCAUGAUGUUGGCAGCUUAUCAUCCAUCCUUCAUGUUCAAGCAGAGAAUUAUGCUGUCAAACAUGUUGAUGGACAUUCAGCGAGUGUUCCUAACCAUUUCUUAUUUUAAUCCUGAAGAAGUUCUCAGCUGUGAAGCUAACGUGGAGAACGAAAAUGAUGAGGAAAAUGUUGAUGAGACUGAUCACAUUGCUGAUUCAGUGUCUUCAUGGUUGAAGGAGGUGAGGCUGCACAAAUAUUCGGACCACCUGUCCAAGUACACCUGGCAUCAAUUAUUGAAUUUAAAAGAAGAAGAUCUCUGCAUGCUGACUGUGGGAGCCAAAAAAAAGCUCAACAGUAAAAUGCAAAUUAUCAGAAAUCUGAUACAUUCUGAACAACAGCCGAAUAAUAGUUCAACAUUUGUUGGCAAAUCUGCCAGAAAUUUCAAUUCCCAAAACUCAAAACCUGUGGAAUUUAUUUCACCACCUGCUAACACCACUUCUCUGCAACCUGAAUUGAUGCCUGUUGACGCUGUUGACGACCAGAGCAGCAGUUCCAGACCAUUUUCAUCUGAUGCACUUAGUAAAAUAUCACAUGACGGCUCACAGUGCAUUAUAUCCUCUUCAACUGAUUACAUCAGUGCAACUACCACAAAAAAUGAAUCAUCUGCCAGUAAAUCGGUCAACGCGAUUAUAACUUCAUCUACAUCUUUUACAAGUUUGGUCCCGACAAUCACAACAUCAUCCUGCGUUGAAACCAUACCAGGCAAGCAGGAACAUUCGGCAUCCCAACUUCAACAAAUAACUUUCUUACUGAGUAAAGAACGACAACAUUGUUCCUCUGAAGCAGAGGCGCCCACAAGUGCAAAGUAUGACAAUGUCCAUCUCGUCUCACCAGCUCACCUUUCCAGUCUUGAAAGUUCCUGCUCUGAAGAUUACCAUACACCACUAGGCAGUCCCGACGCGAAGAAAACUUCAUUCUACUCUCAGGGUGAUGUCAAUAACUUCAACGUUGGCAACAAUAGUGUAGACAAUGUAAAAGUUAUCCACAUUAAUGGAUCAAAUAAAUUUGUUAAGGAUGAACAUGAUGAGGAUUUUGUUUUCAACAAUUGUUUGUGUAAAAUGAUAGAUUUUAAAAAUGCAGAAAAAAAUUAUGAAGUCAGGAGUGAUGGCAACGUAAUGAAAGUGCCAGCCAAACUCUUGGACGAACACUUCCCGAAAAUCAUCAGCCAACUGACAUCUGACGACAAAAACGUUUUGCUCAGACCUCAUAAAUAUCGAAAUACAAAUAAAAAAUAUAACGGUCUUUAG